UUUAUUUGCGCACAUAAAAAUGGCUGAAAAUUAUGCCUAAACCCUUUCUUCAACCUAAAGCCCUAAAAAUUUCCCCAUUUUUCUCUCUCUACACAGCAAAAAAAUGGUUUGGUUUCAAUGUGAAGAUUGUGGGGAGAAUCUCAAGAAGCCUAAGCUCCUUAAUCAUUUUCGCCAAUGCUCUGCAUAUAAGCUAUCUUGUAUAGAUUGUGGAGAGAUGUUUGAUCAGCAGCGUGUUCAAGCGCACACUCAAUGCAUUACUGAAGCUGAAAAGUAUGGUCCAAAGGGUCAAGCAAAAACUGCAAGUGGCACACCUGCAAAGUCAACCAAGCCGAAGCCAGAUGUUGAUAUAAAUAUCGGAUUAUCUGAACGGCCGCCAUGGUUUUGCAGUCUCUGCAACACCAAAGCCACUAGCCAGCAGGCUCUGCUUUUGCAUGGUGAUGGGAAGAAGCACAGAGCAAAGGUUCGAGCGUUUACUGCAAAACAACAGCCUAAUCCACCUGAGGAAGGGGCUAUAACUAAUAAAACCUCUACAGAAAACACUCCCAAGAAUGAAAUUCCAAUUGGCAAGGAAGGGGCUAUAGCUAGUAAGGAAUCUAUAGUAAACACUCCUAAGGAUGAAGUUCCAAACGACAAAAGUUCUGAGGAUGACAAAGAGAAUGGUCCUUCACAUGGGGUGUCAGAACAUAAUAAUUCUGCAACGGAGAUUGGGAAUAUUUCUGUGAAGAAGAGAAAAAAAGACACGUCUAAUGGCACCGAGAAGUGUUCAAAUGGAGUAUGUAAUGGUAUUGUUACUCACGUAGAGCCAGAGGAAACACUUAAAAAGUCAAAGAAAGCUAGGCAGGAAACAGAGGUGAAAGGUACAGAGAAAAAGAAAGCCAAAUUUGAAGCAGAGAAAGAAGCUGAGAGAACUAGUACCAGAAAAGAAGGUUCUGAACUGAAUAUAAAGUGGAAGAAGCUGAUUGCCUCAGUUUUAAAAUCUACUGCAGAUGGAGCUCUGAAGAUGAAGAAAUUACAGAAACUUGUGUUUAAAAGUCUCCAGGAGUCUGGCAUUGCAGUGGAUGAGGUUGAAUUCAGAACUACUCUUGAGCACAAGGUUAAUUCGAGUUCAAAAUUUGUAGUUGAUGGCAAGCUUGUAACAUUGGCUGUUUAACAAAUUUAAUGCAAAGCAUUGCUGCAAUAUAUAAACCGAAGGACUUAAAACAAAUUCACGAAGCAACCAUUUAUGCGUUGUUUGAUGGGCUGAGCAUUCUUUCUUCUGAAGAUCUCGAGAUGUUGAAAGGGAAGAGACAUUCCUAAGCAAUUUUGUACUUGAAAUGGAAUUUUGUAUUAUUCAAUAUAUCAAGAUGUAUUAUUAUUGACGAUGAUGGAUCUUCUGUACUAGUGAUUUAGCGAUUGCAUUGAACACUGAGAAGUAAUUGAAGAUGAGAUUGAACGUUGAUUGUUUA